AUGAAUCUCAGGAAAACUAGCAUAUUCAAAGUCAUCAGUAGCGGUAGCCGGGAUAAAAUACUGAAGGUAUCGAGAAAAUAUAUCAAAUCUGGAAAGAACCCAAACCUCCGCGACCCACAGACAGGUGGCAACAUUCUACAUCACAUAGCCAUACACUGCCAUAAGUUCAUCGAUCCAGAGAUGUUGACUGUUGUGUACAUGCUAGCCUGUGCUAAUGUGGAAGUUGACGCACAGGAUCAUAACGGAGACACAGCACUACACCACGUUGUUCGUCAGCGAGGAGCCUAUAGGCUUCUGGUAGCUCUUAUCAGAUGUGGCGCAGACACAAGCAUCCAAAACUCAGCGAUGAUGACAGCCGAGGAUAUACUCCAGCUAGACAGACCACCUGGUCAUGAAGAGAUGUUACAUUGGUACAACAAGUUUAAGCCAGGUCUUUGGUGUGCUCUUCAAGAAGACAAACCUGACAGAAAGCUGAUAGAGAAGCUGUUGAAAUCCUGGUGUCGCCUGACCACGGUGAAGAAUGGGCAGCUGAUUAACAUGAAAGCACGUCUGCAGUACGACAUGAAAAUGAUGUCACUUCUCAAGCUGGCGGAGACGUAUGAAAGCUCGGUAAAUCUGGCCAUCGCUCUUCUCGGAGGACAGGGAGAUCUAGUCCGGAAGUGGAUUCAAGAAGGACUGUUGAUCAACUACGACGUGAAUAUAACCGACCACUCAUAUCAGUUUCGUUACCCCGACUAUCCAGAAGUUCCUCAGUGUUUGCUAGAGGCCACCUGGGCCACCAACUGUUACAGUGCCGUAGAUGCCCUGAUGGAUCUUCAAGUGAAUCCGUGCGUGCUUUGUCCAUGUGCUGAAAACGCAACCCCUUUGCCAGCUGUCUUCCAACUCUUCAGUGGCCCAUCCAGACCCAAAGAUCUGAGAAUAAUUCAUCGAAUCUUGCAACAUACCGACGUCUCCGUGAAGAACUAUUUAGGUCAAACCCUUCUGUUUCAAUCAGUAUCCAGCGAGGAAUCAUGUGAUACUGUAGACUUUUUACUUCGGCAAGGUGUCAGUAUUAGUGCUAGGGACAAACUGGGUAGGACCGCUAGAGAUUUUGCACAAACAUUAGGGCGCAAAAAAUAUAUUCAGGCCAUUGAUGGCCAUGUAAUCAAGUUGAUAAAAGUUAAUAACUUCUCGCAAAUAGAAGAACUCGUGUUGGGAAAUUAUGAUCAUAUAGACGAUAUUACAGAUCGUGUAGGGAGGCCUGCCAUCAAAAUCGCCAAGAAUGCAUCCAGCAAGCAGGUGUAUGAGCUUGUUCAACUUAGGAGUGCUAUACAGAGUUUCGUAAAACGAGUAUUUCGAGCUGUAGAUGAGGGCUGUUAUGAAGAAGUGGGCAAGCUACUAACAUGCAAGAAAUACGCAGCUGGUAGAGAUCUAUGUGGGCGGACACCGCUGUUGAAGGCGGUACUUCAAGGGCGCAGAAGUCUUGUUACGAAACUUGUCAGUGACUGCCAGUUUACAAUUAACAUGCAAGACAAUCUAGGCAGGUCAGUUCUGCAUUAUGCGACUCUAUUCAUUGAUGACCCGGAUAUGCUACAGCUGCUUCGAAAUCACGGUGCCAACCCAGCCUUGACCGAUGUGCUAGUAUGGAUAUUUCAGGGGCCUGGUAGCUAUAUUAUAAUAAAAAUAGAAAUCCAAGAUGCAGACCUGGACAUCUACACAUUCAGGACGAAUUUUGAAACAUCUUUCAGGGAAGCUUUGCAGGCAGCCAAUCUGGACAUGGUGAAGCAACUGAUAACAGGUUUGGCAGAGAACGGAGAUGUCAACAAGUACAGUCACCUGUUAUUUGAGUGUGUCGAUCUGUGUAGAGAGGACAUCGCCAUCUACAUGAUUCUUGCAGGUUUUAGAGUGGAUAUUUGGAAAUCGUACUCCAGAUCUGAAGCCAGCAUUAAUACAUCGUCUGCAAAGACAGACUACGAGCCUUACUGGAUCAGCCUCAAACAGAGAGCUACGGAAACCGGAUGCAGCAGAGUU